AUGUUUCCUCUUCGACGCAGUGUCGCUCAGGUUGCCGUCUUCAACCCAAAGGCCUACGCCUCAACCUUUGUCACACGAAAUCCUCUCCCAGCAACUUUCCUGCGCGGCGGGACCUCCAAGGGCAUAUAUCUCAACCGUGCUGAUCUGCCAGAGGAUCGGACUCAAUGGGACCGCAUUUUCUUGGGCAUCAUGGGCUCUCCUGACGCAGAGUACGGUCGCCAGCUGAAUGGCAUGGGUGGUGGCGUCUCCAGCCUGUCCAAGAUCUGCGUUGUCGGGGCUCCCUCGGAUGAGCAGAGGGCUCAGGGAUUUGACGUAGAGUACACCUUCGUCCAGGUCGGCAUACGCGACAGCGCGCUAGACUACUCCGGGAACUGCGGGAAUCUCUCUAGCAUGAUCGGCGUCUUCGCCAUCGACGAGGGUCUCUACCACCCUGCUGGUGCACAUGCAGGGCCGACCGUGACGGUCCGCUCGUUCAACACAAACACGCGGAAGCGCAUUGACACUACGUUCCCCGUGGCUGUUGCAGAGGAUAGGAAUUGCGUCCCCGUCCUGGAUCUCGAACAGGUUUACAUGGCGGGCGUGCCCGGGAAGGCAUCCCAGAUUACCUUGGACUUCAUGUCUCCGGGCGGUGCGCGGACAGGGCAUCUCCUGCCUUCGGGUGCGCCCAUCGACACGUUCAGUGUUCGGGGAGAAAACAAGGACUUCGUGCCCAUCGACAUCUCCCUAGUGGACGCGACGAACCCCACUGUGUUUGUCCCAGAGGACAGCAUAGCCAAGCUCUUCCCCUCUCUCCUGCUUCCGAAUCUCGCAGACGCAGAUUUCAACGCUGACUUGAAGCACACGAUAGAGGAGAUCCGGAUGCGCGGGGCAGUGCGCAUGGGACUCGACCCCACCGCGCAGGCGCAGCCGAAGAUCUGCUUGCUGUCGCCGCCCGCGUACGACGACGUCGAUGCCGCCGACAUCGUCGUGCGCGCGUUCUCCAUGGGCGUCCUCCACAAGGCUAUCCCCAUGACAGUCGGGCUCUGCCUCGGCGUCGCGGCGGGCGUCCGGAACACGUUGCCGUGGCAGAUUGUCACCCAGGCCCGGAAGGCGCGCGGUGUGGAUGAUCCUGUAGGAGAGCUGGUCAGGAUCAGGCAUCCGGGGGGCAUCGUGGAUGUGGGCGCAUCGUUUGGCGCAGACGGGCAAGUGCUGAGUGCGAAGGUGGUGAGGACUGGCCGGAGGCUGAUGAAAGGCGUCGUGUGGUGGUGA